GGGGCUGACCCCGGUAUGUGUGGGGCUGACCCGGUGUGUGUGAGGCUGACCCUGGUGUAUGUGUCGCUGACCCCCCUGUGUGAGGCUGACCCCAGUGUGUGUCACUGACCCUGGUGUCUGUCGCUGACCCCAGUGUGUGGGUGACUGACCCCCGUGUCCAUCACUGACCCCCGUGUCCGUCACUGACCCGCUGUGAGGUGGCUGGGGCGAUGGCCGUGGAGGCGGUGAAGGUGGCCGUGCGCUGCCGGCCGCUGAGCGGGCGCGAGGUGGCCCUGGGGCACCGGGCCAUUGUCGGCGUGGACAGCGCACGGGGCCGGUGCCUGGUGCGGAACCCCGCGGCCCCCACGGAGCCCCCCCGGCAGUUCUCCUUCGACGGGGCCUUCGGCGGGGAGCACAGCACCGAGCACAUCUACAACGAGAUCGCCUACCCGCUGGUGGAGGGUGUCAUGGAAGGCUACAAUGGCACCAUCUUUGCCUAUGGCCAGACUGGCAGUGGGAAGUCCUUCACCAUGCAGGGAGUUGCAGAUUCUUCCUCACAGAAAGGGAUCAUUCCCAGGGCGUUUGAACACAUCUUUGAGAGUGUGCAGUGUGCUGAGAACACCAAGUUCCUGCUGAGAGCCUCCUACCUGGAGAUCUACAAUGAGGACAUACGAGACCUUCUAGGAGCUGACACCAAGCAGAAGCUGGAGCUGAAGGAGCACCCGGAGCAGGGGGUGUACGUGCAGGGGCUGUCCCUGCACGCCGUGCACAGCGUGGCGCAGUGUGAGCAGCUGAUGGACGCGGGCUGCAGGAACAGAGCAGUGGCCUUCACCCUCAUGAACAAGGGCUCCUCCCGCUCCCACUCCAUCUUCACUGUCUGCAUGGAAAUCUGCGCUCUCGAUGAGCGAGGGCAGGAUCACCUCAGGGCUGCCAAACUCAACUUGGUGGAUCUGGCAGGAAGUGAGAGACAGGCAAGGACUGGUGCCACAGGGGAGAGACUCAAAGAGGCCACCAAAAUCAACCUUUCCCUGUCUGCCCUGGGCAAUGUCAUCUCGGCCCUGGUGGAUGGCAGGUGCAGACACAUUCCCUACCGAGACUCCAAGCUGACCAGGCUGCUCCAGGACUCCCUGGGGGGGAACACCCGGACCCUGAUGGUGGCGUGCGUGUCCCCAGCUGAUGACAGCUAUGAGGAAAGCCUCAGCACCUUGCGCUACGCCAGUCGAGCCAGGAACAUCAGGAACAAGCCCUGCAUCAACGAGGACCCCAAGGACACCCUGCUGAGGGAGUACCAGGAGGAGAUUAAGAAGCUGAAGGCCAUUCUGGCUGAACAGAUUGGCACAAGUGACUUGUCAGGGCUUCUACCUGCUGAGGCUGCUCACCUGGGAGCAAAUCCAGCUCCCUGCCUCCAACCCCAGGCGGAUCUGGAAGCAGAGAAGCAGCUGAUCAGAGAAGAGUUCCAGGAGAGGCUGGCCCAGCUCCAGGCCAGCUACCAAGCGGAGCAGGCGUCCCGCGCCCGCCUGGAGAAGGACAUCAGCAGCCUGAGGGAUGACUUUGAUCUCAAGGUGUCUGUUCUCCAGGAUCUCCUCAGGAAGGAAGCAGCUGACACACGGACUAGAAAAAUCUCUGACCACACACCUUCAUAUGAAGACGCUGUUGCUGCAGCCCAUGAAGAGCCAACAUCAGCCCAGGACCCAGCAGCACCUGGGACUGUCACAGACACCAGUGGGGUGAGCAGGGGCAGUGCUGGAGCAGUGGGAGCUGUCACUGCCCCGGGGAUUUCCCUGCCUGCAGACCAGCAGCUGGUGCUCACCAGGCUGCAGGUGCUGCAGCAGCAGGUGGUCGGGGGGGAGCAGGCUCAGAACCAGGAGCUGAAGGAAAAGCACAAACGCCGGAAGAAGCACGCGGACGAGCGGAGGCUGCAGCUGCUGGCUGCCCUGCGGGAAUCCAGCGAGGACAGCAGCGAGCAGGCUCUCCUCAACGUCUACGACUCCAUCCAGGAGGAGGUGCGAGCCAAGAGCAAGGCGCUGGAGAAGGUGCAGGAGAAGCUCCGGGCUACCGAGAUGGAGAUCAAAGACUUGCAGCUGGAGUUUGGGCUGGAGAAGAUGGAUUACCUGAGCACCAUCCGGCGCCAGGAGCGAGAGCUGCUGCUCUGCCAGCAGCUGCUGGAUCGGGUGCAGUCCCUCGUGCGGCGCGACUGCAACUACAGCAACCUGGAGAGGAUCCGCCGUGAGUCCGUGUGGGACGAGGAGAGCGGCUGCUGGAAAAUUCCAGAGCCUGUCAUUCAAAGGACCCACCUGCCCGCAGCGGUUCCAGCCCUACCACAGCCCAAACCUGGCCGGACAAGCCCCUCGAAUGAGAGCAGGGAUCCAGCGGUACGGCCCAUUCCUCCUCCAUUCCUAUCCCAUUUUACCAAUUUUGCCUUAUUGCUGGCGCUGCUGACAGCGUUUGCCACCUGCAGCCCGAGGAAGACCACUACAGGCUGGUGCUGGACAGGAGCGACAGCGAGACCAUUGCCAGCAACUACUUCCGAUCGCGGCGAGCCAGCCAGAUCCUUCAGCUGGACCAAGCUCCCGAGGGCUCCGAGGGGGCAGCGGGCAGCACCGUGCCCCAGGCCCGGCCCUUCCGCCUGCAGUCCCUGGCCCUGGCGCCCAGCGCCGACACCAAGCGCAGGAAGAGCAACGCCAGCUCCAGCGCCCGCCGCUUCUGACCCGCCGCGGGCGUGGGCGGCCCGGGCCGCCGCCGCGCAGGAGGGAGGGGACGGCGGCGGGGCCCCCCCUUGUCCGCGGCGACGGCGGCCGCGCUGAGUCGCGAUAGCGCUGUCGCGACAGCGGCCGC